AUUUAGAACAGUAUUAUUGUCCUGCAGUUCAUUCAGUUUCCGGUCUGACUAUCGGUCGGCUUCCGAUUGUAGGUCUGUAUCGAUCUAUAAUACAAUUACUCUAUGACAACGGUGGUAAACCAGGCAGCCCUAUAAGCUAUCCCGACAGUAGGUGUAUUUUAAUACACAUUGUAUAUAGGCUUUUGUACUACCAUGAGAGAUGUACGUGUUCUAGAACUUGUUUCCUGCUUUCUUUUUAGCGUUGCCUACACUCAUGCUGGCUUCGCAAAUGAGCUAUCGAUUGGCCAAGGUGUUUAUCUCGGCCGCCCGUGCGAACCAGACUGUAAAGAACUGUACCCUAAGAUAACUCUACCGAUAAAGAAGGAAACCAUUCUUAACACAAGUGAUGAACUUAAAAUAGAUUGCAACGUAAAAAAGACCUUAGGGAACGAAGUUCACUAUCCAAUUAAGAUGUGGAUGUGUCUCGGCUAUGAUGAAAUGUGCUUUAGAAGACCACCUUCAGCGUGUCCCGAUACCGAUGCUGUUCUUAUUUGUAACGAAAGUGAUAGUGGCAGCAAUGCCUUCAGUAUAACAUAUACUAAAAGUAGUGUUCGCCAUAAUGACAGUGGUACUUACUACUGUGUAGCUGAUACGAUGGAUGCUAGCUUCAUCACUGUACCAAGCUAUACCGAAACCCAUGUUACUGUCAAAUAUUUUCCACUGAAAAUUGAAAUUGUUUCACUUACUAACAAGUAUGAACAUAUCAGCGGAGAAGACAUAAUAAUUGAAUGUCACGUCAGUAAGGUCAUAUUACAGAAGGAGAAUCUCCACAAACUGAAAAUGUGGUUCUGUGAUAAACACAGUAGUGAAAGUUGUCUUAAUUCCACUCACUGCCUAAGACAUGGACUAAACUGUACAACAAGCACCAGUCCAGACAGCGCGUCUUUGUCAGCAAUGCACAUAAUAAAGAACGCAAAGGUCGAAGACAGCGGAACUUAUUAUUGUGUAGCACAAGCUGAUGAAGAGUAUAUCAUGCCGAGUAUUGUAAAUGUAUCUGUUGAAGUCAAUAUUAAAGAUAAGGUUCCUUUGAAAUUAAAAAAAACAUCAUUGAAGUCGAUUGUGACGCGACCAGCCAACAACGUUGACCUCAUCUGUCUUUGCAAUGGUUAUCCCGAGCCGUCGAUCACGUGGUACCAAGGUGACCGAGUGAUACAGAAUGGAACUAAGUGGUAUAGUUUACAUAAUAUUUCAAACGCAAAUGAAGGUGACUAUUACUGCGUGUGCAAGAACCGCUUAGAACAUAUCACAUUUACAACGACAAUUGAUGUUAAAGACAUUCACGGUACCCGUUUACGACUGGCAACCGUUGUUAGUCUCGGAGGAGUCCUUGGAAUAAUUGUCAUCAUCUUGGUUUACUGCAUUUAUAUGAAAUUAAAAAAGAAUGCAGUCAAUUCCUAUGUAACUUUAGGAAGAACAGUUUAGUUAUGAUGAAGCAACGAUGAAGUACUGAACUUGAUAAGAAAACAUUGUUGUCAAGAGAAGCGAUGAUUAGUCUUACGUAAAGACUUAAAAAAGUAGUAGAAAUAACGUUUCGUACUUUCAAAUACACAGAACUGAGUAUGUUUAAACUCAUAUAGACCGUAUAUUCAAUUGAAUGGAAUAUAAGAAAAUGUACAACGUAUUCUAAUAACAUUAAAGCUAACAUUACCGUUUGGCAACCAUUGAUAGAUAAAUAGUUCCUAUAUCUAAAUUUUGAAACACUGUAGUACUAUGAAAUUACAACUACUGUACUUUCAAUUUAGCGAUAUAUGCAAACAUUCUUUUAGAGAUCUUAUCAGUUGUUAUAUUCACCUGUGUACUUGGCCCAGCUGCUGACAAUGCGAAACAAAUGUAGUGGAUUGGACAUUAUGUAUGACGUAAAUAAUUUUGUCUUCGCUAUUAAGUUAUAUAUGUUUACAGUCUACAUAUAUUAUGUAUAUUACAUUGAGUUAUACUGUAUAUUAUUUUAUCUGUGUAUGUACAGUAAGUUGAAAUAAAUAGCCCGGUUCUCACGGGAGCCCUAGUAUCCGAAUCGGGAGCUAACCGUUAGUGUUAACCGUUAGCACCUGCGUGAGAACGCCCGAUCGGUUAGCGAUAAUAGUUAGCAGUAUCCGGAUACCGCUAACGGUUAGCAAGCCUAUCGGUUAGCAAAAAUGAGCACGUUUCUAUCAUCAACCAAUCACACGUACGCGUUUACAAUUUCCAGUUUCUUAUUGGCCAGUGAUUCGAUCAUCAUUGUCGGUAUCCGGAUCGGGAUUUUCUCGUAUGGACGCACGGC